AUGGCGGCUUCGUUUCGUUCUCUCCCUGCAAGCUGUAAUAACAAAUGGUACUACACACGACAACAGAUCGACAACAGCCCAUCUCGGCGAGCUGGACUUGAUCCCGACAAGGAACUGUCCUACAGACAACAGGCAGCGAAUCUGCUCCAGGACAUGGGACAGCGGCUCAAUGUGUCCCAACUUACAAUUAAUACAGCUAUUGUGUACAUGCAUCGAUUCUACAUGGUCCAGUCUUUCACCAGAUUUCACAGAAAUGUUAUUGCUCCUGCAGCUCUCUUCCUUGCAGCUAAGGUUGAGGAACAGCCCCGAAAGCUGGAACAUGUUAUCAAAGUGGCUCAUGCAUGCCUCAAUCCUCAGGACCCUUCACCUGAUGUGCGCAGUGAUGCCUACCUGCAACAAGCCCAAGACCUGGUCAUUCUUGAGAGCAUAAUACUCCAGACCUUGGCUUUUGAAAUCACCAUUGACCAUCCACAUACUCAUGUUGUCAAGUGCACUCAGCUUGUCAGAGUUGUUCCAGCGAGCAAGGAUUUGGCUCAAACAUCAUACUUUAUGGCUACAAACAGUCUGCACUUGACCACGUUCUGCCUGCAGUAUAGUCCGCCAGUUGUGGCCUGCGUGUGCAUCCACCUCGCCUGCAAAUGGUCCAACUGGGAGAUCCCCGUGUCUACGGACGGCAAACACUGGUGGGAGUAUGUUGAUCCCACAGUCACCCUGGAACUGCUGGAUGGUAUGUGCUGCAAAGGACCUGAGCUCACACAUGAGUUCCUGCAGAUUCUGGAAAAAACACCCAGCCGCUUGAAACGGAUUCGCAAUUGGAAGGCUGGAGGUCAAACACCCAAAGUCAAGCCAAAGGUCCAAGAGGAGGGUGACCAGAGGGACACCAUGAUGAGUAUGAUCUCUAUGGCUUCAUCUGAGAGUACUGUGGCAGGUCUGAUGAGCCUCUCAGCUCCGCCGUCUGCCUCUUCUUCCUCAUCCAUGGGUGAUAAGGAGAGGGGAGCCUCUGGCAGCGCUCAGACUUGGAGUGGAAAAGGUCAGGCUGGAUCUGAGCAGCAGCAGCAGCAACAACAGCAGCAGCCGCCCAACCAUGAGGUCCAUGCCCCGGCUAAAGUAUCACUAAGCGAGUACCGUGCCAAGAAUGCAGAUGUCCUGGCUGCCCAGAAGAGGAAGCUGGAGAACAUGGAGGCCAGCGUGAAGAGGGACUAUGCUAAUGCUGCCCAGGCUCUCAUUGGUCAGCAGCAGAGGAAGGAGAAGCAGCAGCAGCAGCAUCAUCACCAGCAGUCCAGCACCUCCUCCUCUGACAUGUCCAGCCCUUCGCCCAUAAUUCUGAAAAUCCCCCUGGAGAAGGAGAGGCACGACAGGAGCUCUCUGAAAAUGCGUUUCCCUGUAGCAGGGGGGGGAGGCAGUGGGCACAGCAGCAGCACCCGAGGUCAAGAUCAGGACAUCAAAGUCCGAAUACGAGUGCCUGAGAAGCAAAGGGGGAGUUCAGGAGAGGAGGGCAAGAGCAGGGACAAGCACAGGGAACGGUCUAAUCAUCACCACCACCAUCAUCAUCACCACCACCACUCCUCCUCCUCUAGCAGUGCCUCCCUUUCCUCUUCACAUAAACAUUCAUCUAGCUCCAGUGGGGCAGUAGGAAGCAGCAAAAAAGUCCCUAGCGACUCCUCUAGAACAAGCUCUUCAUCCUCUUCUACAUCACGUAAGAGGACACACUCCCAGGAUGGCACAGCAGGCUCUCACCCUGCCUCAAAAGUCAGCAAGUCCUCUAGGAAUCCCUACCAGCUACCGUCCCUGUCUUCCUCAUCUGGGCAAACUCUGGGGCACGGUCCUGACAUUCUUCCUGCUCUGGGCCUUCCCCACCACCAAGGGAGCUUUUCGCACUCCAAAAGUGACAAGACAGACACUAAUGGGCAUGGUGCGGCGGGCGGAGCCCAGUCAAAUGAGUACCAGGACACUUUUGAAAUGCUAAACUCUCUUCUGAGCGCACAAGGGGUCCAGCCGUCCCAGCCGUCCAUGUUUGACUAUAGAUCCCAAUAUGGGGACUUUCGGUACAGCAGUGGCUCCAGAGGGAACAACCCCAGACCCCCACCCCUCCCUUCAGAACCACCUCCACCACUGCCACCGUUACCCAAAUGAGUUCCUGAUCAGGAGAUGUUAUUAUGUACAUUGUGCUUGACAUCACAAACAUCCAUCUUGUUACAUAAAGUAUUGAAUAAUUUUUUUUAAAAACUCACCCAACGUUUUUUAAUGGGCUUCGGUGUGACAGCAGAGAAAUGUACUGGUGAGAUAAAUUAAUUUUUCAUUUUACAGUGGGGCAAUAAUGAGAGGCUUGAAAAGCUUGCAAAAUGUGAGAAAAAAAAUUACAGCAAAGUGUAGAUAAGUUUUUUUUUUUUUCUUUUAUUCUUUACUCAAAUGAAAUGUGAUGAUGGGACCUGAUUACUGUUUUUAAAGGAAGUCAUUGUCUUGAAAUCAUGAGGAAACUAAAAGAUUUCCAUCACAUACCUGUUAUGUCUUCUUACCGAUUGUCUUUUUAUAAUGUUUUUAUAGUAUGUUAUUUAUUAAUUGAAUACUUAAAAAAAAAAAAAACAUAGUCCCCUUUUCUACCUUUUUUAAGGCUUCCCCUCUAUGUUCAUUUUGGCCAGAGGGAUAUUUCUUCAUCAAGACUGUAAAGGCUAGUUUGAGAGUGCAUGUCUCCAAAGCCAUCUUUUCAAUAUUUUUGUCUUUUUUUAAAAAAAUAUUUUCUUCUUCAGCCAUAACCUCAAAAAAAGGUGAAAGCCCCCCCCCCGGUGUUUUAUCUAUUUUGUUUCCUGCAUUAUUUGGUAAACUUGUACAAAGAUUGUAAAAUGUUUAAAACAAACAUGAAAUAUUUUUUACAUUUUGUUAUAAAAAAAUAGCAAAAAAAAAGAAAUGUAAAUUGAGGAAGCUUGUACUUUUUUGUUUUUAAGAUUUGGAGUGUUGCAGUCAUUGUUUUAAAUGGUUGUAAAAUAUUCACAUUCAGUUCUGUAAUAAUUACACUAAUGGACAAAGUUCAUACCAAGCAUAUACAUUUAUGGUUUAUCAAAGGGUUCAGAGAGUUCAAACAUAUCUACCCGGUAUGGUCACAAUGAAGGAAUUGCCAACAAAAAAAUCUCUCGAGAGAAGAAAUGAGUUCUUAUGCUGACUUGUCCAUCUGUUUCCUCAAGAGGGAGUCUUUUUGGGGUGAUCACAAUUACAUUAAAAGAUAUAAAUAUGCAGCAUUUAUGGAUACACAACAUUUUCACCCUGAAACUAAGGCAAAUUUUUUUAUUUUUUUGUGCUGGUUCUCACUUUGUGGUGACCAUAUCGAGCACAGUGUACAACAAAGUAUUCACAAUACAGAUUAUCAAUGACUGAUCGUAGGCCAUCUGUCUGUCUUUAUGGUUGUCUUUCAUUUAUGCAUUUCCUGUGGGGAUGUUUCAAAUGUGUAAACUGCAGUGUACACCUGACAAUUCACGCUGUUUCAAUUUAGUCAUGUUAAAGCUGUCUUUUGACUCCAUACCUUCAAACUAAAUUGGUGGAUAUUCAGUUUCAGUUUGUUGUUUGUAACCCUUCCACAAGCCAUGAUUCAUCAAAAAAUGUUGCAUGUGUUCUUUAGUUGUGUAAAAUCAUACACGGCAAAGCAGGUUAUUGACAUACCUCCACUACAGGGUCAUGAGCAUGAAGUAUAAUACUGUAAUUAAUCUGAUUUAAUGUUUAAAUUUUGUGUUGGAGCAAAAUGGUCGAAGAGGUGCUAUUUGUUGGCAAGAGAAUCGGGUAUCAUCUGUACAUUUAAUUCAUAUUAAGCUUUAUAUGGUUUUGAUUGUAUAGUGUUACUGCUCUUAACCUGCUUUCUGUGUGUUUCAGUUUGUAAUCAACAAUUUCUUUUAGGCAGUUCACAGUAAUGCAGUACAACAAAUCAGCCAUACAAUUGUAAAAUAUUUUUGUUCCCUUGAUAUAUGGAAGAUAUGCUGAAAGAAUACAGCUCUUUGCUCAGGCAGCAGAGGUUUUAUUAGUUAUUCAACUCUUGGUUGUAACAGGGAAACAGUAAAUGCACUGAAUAUUUAUCUCAGUAGGAUUGCCUACAAUGCAAUUGACCAAGUGUUAAAUGUAUUAUGGUUAGACUAUUAGAAUAGACGUCCAAUAUAUCAUUGCCAUUUUUGAAAAUUGUUUAAUUUAAUCUGGACAAAUCUUCCCAUUUAAGUAUUAACUUAAUGCUGUGAGAAAGUUAUACAAAAGGACACGCAAUUUUAAAAUAAACCCAUAUGUGAGAAGAACGGAAGACACUCAUGCAACCUAACAAUGCAAAAUCACAUAGCUACAAUAAGUUUUCAUGUCUUUUCACGUCUUGGUGUUUUUAGUGACACUCAGGUCUGGAAAUGAAACAUUUUGGGAUUUUUUUUUUUUUCAGUUAAAAGGUUAUACACUACCGGUUAAAGGUUUUAGAACACCCCCUUUUCCAGUUGUUACUGAAGUUUACAGUGUAAUGUCUCAGUGUUUCUGAAAUGAAAGCAUAGAACAAAUGAAUAAUAAAGAUUAUGAAAAGGAAUAAUGGAAUCCUAUAUCCUAUAAAUUUAAUCUAAAUUUUUGACUCAGCUGAAUAAACUUGUGGCGUUCCAGUUCAUCCCAAACCAGCUCGAUGGCGUUUAAGUCUGGAGACUGUGCUGGUCUUCCAUCAUAUGAAUCCAGUGUCUAGUUCUUUUUUUUCAGUGUUUUGGGACAUUGCUUUGCUAUAGAAUGAACCCCCGGCCAACCAGUCUGCCUUCCUGUGUUACUUGCCUUGUUCUCACCAUUCUGAUAGCAAUAUACAGUACUCGUUCCUGCAGUACAUUAUUGUCCUAAUAAUGCAGGGGUGUAGUAACACAGUUUGUUUGAGCACUGCCGUUGUACAGACAGAGGGUUUGCAAGUCAUCAACAAAUGUUUGGGGACCUGUAGGAAUUGUUUGCAUUAACUUUCAAGGCUUCAUUUACUUCCAUUACUGCAGGAAAGCAGUAAGUGAAUGUAAUUCACAAAACCUGAAAAAUACCUGUUAUUUAGGAAAUUUUUUGAUUUUUCAGUUUUUGGUCACCGAAAAAGUUUACUGUUUACCUUUGCACCAUUUAAGGUUAACCACUGUCCUGCUCAAAUUUCCAAUAAUAAAACUGGAAACGUGGAGGGUGUUUUUAAACUUUUCACUGGUAGUGUAUGUAAACACUGUUUUUUAUAUAAUGUGGUUGCUUUAUUCUCAAUUAAAGUCAAUAAAUAUUUUAAG